GUGGCAUCAACAAGUACUCUUAGUAAGAUAAAAUGGUUUCCAGUUGCUUCUGCUUGACUUUAUUAAGUCUAUAUUUUGUGAUCAUAAAUUGCCAGCAGCAAAGCACAGAGAUGACAAAGAAUGUGGUCUUAAUCAAGCCCAUAAAAUACUCCUGCCAGGAACCUGCAGCCAUUGUGUUUGGCAAUCCGCCUCGUCACCGAUUUGGUAGGCGAAGGAUGUUUAUCAACAAUGUUAAGAAGAAUGAAAUUGAUAUAACCACUAGACGCACCAGGCGAAGAAAGCUUAAGUAUUUCUGGAAUAACUCAGGCAAAGCGACUACAGCAAAAGGUUUACAGUAA